AUGAAUGUAUUGGUCUACAAUGGGCCGGGAACUACGCCGGGAUCAGUUAAGCACGCGGUGGAAAGUUUACGUGACUUUUUGGAACCUUAUUAUGCUGUGAGUACGGUCAAUGUCAAAGUAUUGCAGACAGAGCCAUGGAUGUCAAAGACCUCAGCUGUGGUGUUCCCAGGUGGUGCAGAUCUUCCGUAUGUUCAAGCUUGCCAGCCCAUUAUUCCUCGAUUGAAACAGUUUGUCAGCAAGCAAGGUGGUGUCUUCAUUGGAUUUUGUGCAGGAGGUUAUUUCGGCAGUAGUCGUGUUGAAUUCGCUCAAGGUGACCCAACGAUGGAGGUAACAGGAAGCAGAGAUUUACGUUUCUUUCCAUCAACGAGCAGGGGACCUGCAUACAGUGGAUUUCAGUAUAAUAGUGAAGCUGGUGCACGUGCGGUAGGAUUAGAUCUUCCUGAUGGAUCGCAGUUCUCGACGUACUUCAACGGAGGAGCCGUUUUUGUUGAUGCAGACAAGUUUGACAAUGUCGAGAUCCUGGCAACCUACACGGAUCACCCUGAUGUUCCUUCUUCUGAUUCAGGCAAAGGUCAAAGUGAGAAUCCAGCCGCUGUAGUGUUAUGUAACGUUGGAAGAGGAAAGGUUUUAUUGACUGGUCCCCAUCCCGAGUUCAAUGUUCGUUUCAUGAAAAAAUCCACAGAUAAACACUUUCUUGAAACUGUUGUUGAGAGGUUGAAAGCUCAGGAAACCGAUAGAUUAAAAUUCAUGAGAACAAUCCUUACCAAGACUGGAUUGAAUUGUAAUAAUGACUUCAAUUAUGUUAGGGCCCCAAAUUUAACCCCACUGUUUAUAGCUAGCGCCCCAGGUAAGAAAAAGUAUUUACAGGAGAUGGAGGACAAUUUGCUGCAUCAUGGCGCACGUGCAAAUGAUGCUGAGGGGUGCUUAGAAUUGGAUGCCGAAAGUGACUCUUUUCAAUUUUAUAAGGGUUACAGGGCCUCUUACAAUGCGGCCAGCACGUCUUUACUUCAUAAAGAACCAGAUGAGGUUCCUAAGGCACUAGUAUUUCCCGCUGAAAAUGAGGAUACUCCUCCGUCUCAAUAUGUACCCAAUUUUGAUAUGAAAGAGUACUUCAGGAACUUGAAUGCACAAAACACAUUAGGUUCUUUACUUCUAUAUGGGGAAGUUGUUACGUCAACGAGUACCAUAUUGAAUAAUAAUAAAAGCUUAUUGGAUUUAGUCCCUGAAAACACCUUACUGCACGUGGGUACAAUUCAAGUCUCUGGCCGUGGGAGGGGUGGGAAUACUUGGAUUAAUCCUAAAGGUGUUUGUGCGUCGACGGCAGUAGUAACAAUGCCACUUCAAUCACCAGUAACUAAUAGAAAUGUAUCUGUCGUUUUUGUCCAAUAUCUUUCCAUGCUUGCCUAUUGUAAAGCCAUACUAUCCUAUGCACCUGGGUUUUCGGAUAUUCCUGUUAGGAUUAAAUGGCCUAACGACCUCUACGCCCUCAGUCCUAGGUAUUAUAAGUGUAAAAAUUUAAAACUAGUUAAUACUGGAUUUGAACACACAAAGCUUCCUCUAGGUGAUGUCGAGCCUGCUUACCUCAAGAUUUCAGGUUUACUGGUCAACACUCACUUCAUAAACAACAAAUACUGUUUAUUACUUGGUUGUGGUAUAAAUUUGACGAGCGACGGGCCUACGACUUCAUUACAAACUUGGAUUGACAUCUUGAACGAGGAACGCCAACAAUUGAACCUUGAUUUAUUGCCAUCAAUAAGGGUAGAAAAGCUGCAGGCUCUCUAUAUGAAUAAUCUCGAGGUCAUAUUGAAACAAUUUAUUAAUUACGGGGCUGCGGUAAUCUUGCCAAGUUACUAUGAUUUGUGGUUACACAGUAACCAAAUUGUCACAUUGACAGAUCACGGAAAUACGAAAGCCAUGAUUACCGGUAUCACUGAGGACUAUGGUUUAUUGAUUGCAAAGGAAUUGGUAAGCGGUAGCUCUACCCAAUUCACGGGAAACGUUUACAGUCUACAGCCCGAUGGUAAUACAUUUGAUAUCUUCAAAAGUUUAAUUGCUAAAAAAGUUCAAGUUUAA